AUGCCAGUGAUAUUCUCGGGGAUCCAGCCCACCGGCGUACCGCAUCUUGGAAACUAUCUCGGCGCACUGCGGCAAUGGGUCAAGCUGCAAGACGAGGCAUCUCCGGAUACAACGCUUCUUUUCUCAAUAGUCGAUUUGCACGCGAUUACGAUAAAACAAGAUCCGAGCGAAUUGGCAAGAUGGCGGAAAGAGAUGCUGGCUAGUCUGCUGGCAGUGGGACUUGAUCCAAAGAGAUGCAUCAUCUUUGCGCAAAGCAGUGUGAAGCAGCAUGCAGAGUUGAUGUGGAUCCUGAGUUGUGGUGCAAGCAUGGGCUAUUUGGGACGAAUGACCCAGUGGAAGAGCAAGCUUUCCCUCCCAUCCAAUGCAUCCCCUCUCGAUCCUUCCAACAACAAAGACGCCCUCAAACUCGGUCUCUUCUCGUACCCGGUCCUACAAGCCGCCGACAUCCUCCUCUACAACACGACCCACGUCCCAGUUGGUGAAGACCAAGCGCAGCAUCUCGAAUUCACACGCGAACUGGCCAGUGGCUUUAACCACGUCUACUCGGCGUCGCAGCCUCUGUUGACUGUUCCACAAACACUUCUGAGUCCCGCGAAACGAGUCAUGAGUCUGACUGAACCAACAAAAAAGAUGAGCAAGAGCGACCCCAAGCCGAAGAGUCGCAUCUUGAUAACAGACUCAAGAGAGGAAAUACACGGCAAGCUGAAGACGGCAUUGACAGACUCCAUCGAGGGAGUGAGUUAUGACCGCGAAACCAGACCGGGUGUGUCAAACCUAGUGGAGUUGAUGUAUCAUUUCGAUCAGUCGCUCGCUGCGUCGCCGGAAGAUCUAGCGAAUGACUUGAAAAAUCUCAGCAUGCGGGCUCUAAAAGAGAAGGUCGCCGAUACCGUUGAUCUCGGCAUCAAGGAUACAAGAGAAUGUUAUCAAGAACUGAUGAGCGGAGAUCAGAAGGAGCUCAUAGAGCAUGCAGAAGAAGGUGCACAACGAGCAGAGAAAAUCGCUGAGAGCACUAUGAAGAGAAUCAGAAAGGCUAUGGGUAUAGCAUGGUAG